GUCUACAGGCAAAUUCAAAGUCAAGGCCGUUUUCUAUCGAAGGUCAACCGAAUCUGGAGACUUCGCCUGACACCCGUUGAACGCUAUCAAGCUUCACAAAAUUGGGCUUGUAUUCAAUUCAGUAAUAAGAUCCGCCCAACUUCCAUCGUCAACUACUCAUUAUCAAUUGACACGGCUUCAAGAAAAUCUUGGCAAGGAUGCCAACUUCUGAAGUAUCUCGAACGGUACCGAGGUCACUGCCAUCGCAUGUUGGUGGUGGUGGUGGUUGGACAGUGAUCAGGUGUCUAAGUAAAAUUGCCUUUAUCAUUAUUUUCUUUUUAAUUGUAAGUUUACUACUCGAUUCACUGACGAAAAUUAAUUCUCCCUAUAGGGUCUUUCAACAGGAAUUAUAGGACCAAGUAUUCUUUACCUAGAAAAACUGUCUAGUUCACGUGAAGAUGAAAUCGCUUUAGUAUUUACAUCAAGAAGUGUUGGUUACAUUGGUGGUUGGAUAAUUAGCUGUGUACUAUUGGACUUAGAUGGUGGUGCAUCGAAGCCAAGUAAUCUAUUGAAUAUUGGGCUAUUCGGUUUGAUUAUAUCGCAUGGAUUAAUUAUUUUCAUUGAACAUCUUUGGUGGGUACUGGCAGUAUUCUUUCUUCAAGGUUUAUUUACAACUAUUUGUUUACAAGCAUGUGUGUAUUAUCAUUGGAAUAAGAAAAACUGGUUUCAUAGUAUACCACAAUAUCUGACAAUCAUAUUCCUACUUGGAUGUGUCUUCACACCAUACCUGAUUUUAUUCAUUGAACCAGAUUCUCACACUAUUCUAUCAAUGGGUGUAGUACGUUCUAAUCAGCUUCCCCAUGAAAUCCAAAUUCCACCACCCAAUGAAAUAUCAACAACAACUAAAAAUACAUCUCAUCAUCAGAUACAUUUAAUUGGAGUUAUUGAAAGCACUCAAAAAGAUAAGCAUGAUGAAAUGUCUCGAAUUAUUCGUAUCCCGCGGCAUAUUUCAAAUACAACUUUGGCGCCAAACAUGGCGAAUAUUAGUUCAUCAGCAAUUAAAACCAUUGAACACUUGAACAAUGAUAGCAUUUUUAAGAAUUAUACAAAUUCAAGUUUGGUGGCGAUUAAUUCCACUUUAUCGAAUGGGAUCAAGUCCACCAGUAUUGGAAUAGACCAACAAAAUAAUAAUAAAACCUUGAACAAUGUUUCUUCCACUCCUGUACAACCAUCUACAAGUGUAAAAAAGCCAUCAAUUAAUGAUGCAAAACACUUGAACCAGGAUAGUUCUUCAGCGGAUGGAAGUAAAGCAGCGUCAAAAAUGAAAAAAAUCGGUGAAGAACAUCAAAUUGACAAGGUGGCUGAUGAUCAAACCUCCUCUUCGACUGUUCAAAAGUCACCACCAUCGACACCAUUGUCAAGUGUUACAAAUCAAUCAAAAGAUGAAUUAAAAGAAAAGGCAUUGAACACUACUGUUAUCUUGGGAAGUGGUUCAAUUUUAGAUGGGAUCAAUCAAACUUUAAUUAGUAAUAAUAUCAGUAACAAUGGUGUUGUCAAUGGAAAUGCUUCACACCAUCAGAAUUCAUCGCUGCCGCAUAUUUCGUUUCAAGUAGAUCAUAUACCUGCACCCAAUGUGCAGAAUUCUAGUAUACCUACACGCCAGAACAUUAAUGAGACGGUUAGUAUUGUUGUCGAGAAUAGUAAUCAUAAAGCCAACAUAUCACAGGGUCACAGUUCGACUCCGGUGCAGAAUGAAACUGGAGUAAUAUUUCACAUAUAUAAUAUAACAGAUAAGCUGAAUUCAACAGACAACAAUUCAUCGAUUCAUUUUAUAUUUUAUAAACCUACAUCUUUAUUAUCAACAACGACACCGGUAACUACUCCUCCUGCCAUAGUUGGAGGCGACGCAGAUGAAAGCAGCGACAUUGGUUUGAUGAAUGCAACCGUACGAAAACGACAUCGUAUCGCUGAACACUUGUUGGAUAAGUCGUAUCUAAAUCAUAUUUUAAUCCUACCAUUUCAACAACCGAUGGAAUCAAUACAAAGAGUUUAUUUAUUAUUGUGUAUUAUCAGUGUAAUCCCAUGGAUUUUGACAAUCCCAUUGACAAGUUGGUGUAAAUCAAUAUUUAUACGUGUUUUCGGUCUUCAAAUACUUGAUGGUAAUGAUGAUAAUGAUAAUGACCAUGGUUAUGAAUUGAUACCUAUCCCACAGGCGGCGAUGAUGAUGACAUCAUCCAAUAAUAUCCGUCGGGUGAAUUCUGACAAUGGUAGUUAUAAUAAUUCUGAUGAAGGGAUUAAAUCUAGACUACUGGACAGAUCAGGUGAUGAAAAUGAAUCUGACUCAGAUGAACUAUGGAAUCGACGAAAGACUGGCUAUACGAAUACUGCAGCAGAACAUGAUUAUCAUUAUUGUUCUGAUUCUGAGUUGAAUGAUUAUUCCAACGGUAGUAGUACGGGUGGUGGUGGUAGUAUACUGCCAGGGAAUCCGUCAACAACAGCUCAGUACACUUCAUUCAAAUCGACAAAACACCCAAGUUUCAGUGAUGAGAAUAAUAGUGAUAAUCAUAAUAAUAAUAACAAUAAUACUACAAAUACCAAUAGUAAUAAUAAUAAUCAUAAUGAUGGUGACUCUAUUGAUACACAAAUGAUGCUAAUGAUUAUCAAUAAGUCAAUAUUUGAUACACAUUGGCCGAGAAUUGAAUGGCCAUCUGAAUUUUGGCUAUUGUUAUCUGUAUUUUUGAAUAGUGGUUUAGAGACAACUUAUGGUGGAUUUGUGGCCAGUUUCACUUUACGUUAUCUGCUUUGGUCACCAACUUUGGCAAUAAUUGUUACCAGUGUAUUUUGGUUUGGUGAUCUUGUCGGCUAUUUAAUACGCUUCGGGAUAAUCAGUAUAAAAUGGCCAGAUCUACUGCACACCUUGCCAUCAUCAUCAUCCAAUAGUUCAACUGAUCAAUUAUCUUGUAAACGUAAAAUUGCAUUGCGGAAAUUACGCCGGAAUCAUAUCAAAAGUUCGAAACCCUCAAUCAUCACCAUUAUACAAUUAUGUGGAUGUUUAAUCUGUGUUAUCAGUGCUAUCGCUUUGACGCAUUUGUCUGUUUCAACAGGAAGAUGUUCAACAGCACCCUUGGCCAGUAGUAGUAGUACAUUAAGUCAUCCUUAUUUAAUUUGGUUUAUUGGUAGUUUCUGUUUCGGCAUUGGUAUUGGAUUGUCAUCAACAUUCUCAGGCACUUUGUUGACACCACAUAUCAAUUCAAAUCUGUUCUGCUCACAUUCAUAUAAUAUUCAGCUAGCUUAUUAUUUUGGUCAAUUAUUAAUGCCAUCGCUGAUAGCUAUGCUACAUCAUCAAGCUCUAUUUUGGAGAUAUUCAUGUGUGCUAAGUACAGCUGUAUUGUGUUUGAGUAUUUUACUCAGCUGUACGCUGAUUGGUCAUUUUAUUAGUGAAACUAUCAGGGAAAAGAAGAAGGGGAAGAUGGAUGGAGAUAGUCAAUUGAGGUUAUUACUUAAUCAUAAUAAUCACAAUCACCAACAUCAUCAUCAUCAUCAUGAGGAAACUCGUCGAAAUCAUCGUGGAACAAGAACCAGUUCAGAUCAUUCCAAUGAGUGAUUAUCAGCAUUAUUAUUUUUGUUAUUACUGAUAUUAUUAUUAUUAUAAGCAGUAGUAGUAGUAGUAACAGUAGUGGUAUUUGAAAUUCCGUGGAUGUCUUUCAGUGUGUACGUGAUUCCUUCAAUUAUGGUGACACUUAUUUCUAAGUGAUAUUUUGCUUAGGCAUACAUAUAUAUGUAUUGAUUAUGUAAUGACUUGAUUGAUUGCAUUUUGUCCCUUAAUUGUUUCUCUGGGAGAUUGUUAUGAUACUAUUUGGUGUGUGUGUGUGUAUGUGCGUGUGUGAGUGUGGGGGGGGG